CUGAAAUACACGCAGGGACAAAGAGUAGCAUGACGCCAUGUCUGUCUUCAUUACAGUGUCCCUUCAUGUUAAUGUGCCCGCUGUGUUUACAUUACUAUAGAGCCCCCGGGACAGCGCCGCUGUCCGCUGAGUCUCCCUCCAACCUCGGCAGCCUUCGCCUGUCUCCUCUCACGACCCGUCCGCUGCACCCAUAAUUCCCCGCGCCAAGACAAGAUGGAAGAAAGCAGCGACCGCCGGAGAACAAUGUUUUGGCAAUAAAACCCCAAAAGCGGCGAAUACGGAGAGAAUAUAGGCACGUUUGAAACCAACUGCGGUCAUGUGUAGGAUAUUCUUCUCCUGCAUUGCUCUUUAGAUCGAUUGCCCUCCUUCUUCCCUGCACAAAGCAAAACCACCACCAUGAGUAUUAUCCAGGACAAAUUAGGCAAUGAGUUUUUGCGCAAUGGUGGCAUGGACCCUAACUUUGCACCAGGUAUGCUUAUGUUCAGCCACCUGCCACCUGUCACCAGCUUUACACGGCUGGCCUCCCAGUCCGUUAUGGGUGAACUUCCCCAGGAGAUGAUCCUGAAAAAAGAGCGUGACUCACCCCCAGAACACCAGGGCAAUAAUUCUGGGAACACAGGGGGCUUCCUCCACAGCAUGGGCAUAAAGCAGGAGCGGUUAAAUGAGCUGGAUUACCGUAUGCCCCUCUAUGGUGGGGGUGGAGGAGUAGGGGUGAACUGUGGUGGAGGGGGCGCGGGGAAGAGCGGUGCUGACAUGCCGGACAUGUCUUUCGGCAACCACCACCAAAACCACCAGAACAUGCUUCUGCAUGACCUCAGCCUCAGCAAUGUUCGUCCCCUCGGAGAACCGAUGCCUGGAAGACCGUGUAAAGAGCCAAAAGAGUCCUCAGGUAGAAGAGGUCGAAGGAGCAAUGGGGACGGGCAGGGAGGCAAAGCAAGAAGGAAACGCAGCGAUGCUGCAAAGGCCAUGAUGUUGGAUGCAGAUGGGUCCUGCAUGUCCCCCAGCUCGAAACCACAUAUCUGUGAACACUGUAACGCUGCCUUCCGCAGCUCCUACCACUUGCGCAGACAUGUGCUCAUACACACAGAUCGCACAGGUGAGAGGCCUUUCCGGUGCAACCAGUGUAACAUGAGCUUCAUUCAGAAGUACCUGCUCCAGCGACACGAGAAGAUCCACAGUGGAGAGAAGCCUUUUAGCUGUGACCAGUGUAACAUGCGGUUUAUCCAGAAGUACCAUAUGGAGCGACACAAAAGGACGCACAGUGGCGAGAAGCCAUAUCGCUGCGAUACCUGCCAACAAUUUUUCUCAAGAACAGACCGGUUACUGAAGCACAAACGGACUUGUGGAGAAGCCAUAAAGAAAGGCCUGGACCCAAGCAUGCUGGAGCUCAGCGAAGCAGAGCUAGGCCAUGGCAGCUAUUCACUCACUCAGGGAAACUCUACCACCUCCGGACGCAAGAGGGCCAAGGGCAAAAACAGUGAGGGCAAGAGGAAGAAGAAUGCCUCAGCAGCAGCAGCAGCAGCCUCGUCCUCUGGGGAGAUGGCUCGUGACCUGGGCCUGCAGGACUAUAUGGAGCACCCCUCAGGCUCUGGCCCUGGCAUGCAGGGACGCACUCCCAAAUUGGUCUUUAAAAAAGCUGGCCGCAAAGGCUUGGACAAGGGCCUCCUUUCUCUGGACGACAUUGAUGACGGUCAAAAACGGUUGGGCCAGAAGCCUGGCUCCAUGGAUCAUGUUGACGGUUCUGGCCUUGAUAACAUGGGUCUUCUCCAGGGUGCCGGGGUCAACAAGCAGGGGCCUACCACCAGCAGCAACUAUGAUGAUGCAAUGCAGUUUGUGAAAAAGCGGCGCUACCUCCAUGCAGUUAACAAUGACUAUGGAGCCGGCUCACUGCACAUGGCAUCCCAGGGCAAUAGUGUAAUCCAGGGCUCCCUGGGGCCCGAGCCCACGCUGGCCAUGCUGGACACCUCGCCAUUGGAACUCAAGCACGACAAGUCAGGCAUUCCAGAUGAGGUACUGCAAAGCCUGCUAGAUCAUUAUAGCCAUAAGCCAGAGGGGACACACCACCAUGAUGUGACUUUUGACCUGUCAGACCAUCCACACCACGUAGACCUCCAGCCAGCAGCUCCCGUUACCCCUGAGCUGGAGGAUGAAUCGCCCAAUGGUGGUGACAAGACAGCAGUGAUGAGCGAGUACUCAAAGUUCCUCUUGCAGGCUCUGGAGCGCACCAGCCACAGUGGACCCUUCCCCAGCCUUGGCCAAACAGGGCCUUUCCCACUCCUGUCCAGCAGCUCCAGUCCUACAGGGCCCCUGUUCGCCGACAAACAUGUGUAUGCCACGUCCCCACUGGAUUGUGGCUACCCUCCUGCUGUCUCCUCCCCACUGCCCAUCGUCGCCCCUUCAUCAACCUCCUCUUCGUCAUCCUCCAAGUCCCACUAUGCCAUGCUUGUCGGCUCCCCCUCCCAGGCAGGCUACCACCUCAGUUUAGAACCUUCUAGCCACCAGCAGCUGACUCCAUCUCAGGAGCUGACGGAGCAGUUGGAGAAGCAACACUCCCCUGGCACCUUCAACCUACCUCCCCAGGACCUGACUGCCUCAGCAGAGGGAUCCAAGGGGCAGCAGCCCAAGGCUGGAGGGAACGCUGCACCCACCAACGGUUCCACCUACCCAGACCUGUCCCCACUGAACCCCCCUAAAGAAACCACGUAUCAGAUCGAGAACUUCGCCCAGGCCUUUGGCUCCCAGUUCAAGUCGGGGCGGCGGACCCCUCUGGGCUAUGGCAGCGAUCCUGGGUCAGAGGUCGACCACCGAAUACGGACUCCAGUGUCAGAAUUCUCAGGGUAUACCAGUUUGUUAGCUGACGUCAGUGAGCCAGUGAGUACAGGAUCAAAAACCCCGACAAGCCAAAGUUUCAGAUAAGGGUCAAACGAGGUGAAUCCAGUAGGGCGCUGUUCUGUUGAUGUCCAUACAGUCCCUAUACCCCUCCUAAUUUUGUUCUUGUAGCAAAGUUUUGUUUUUUAAACACUGCCAUUAAAUGUUAAUACAGAAAUGACCAGGGAGGGUCUUACAUGGCCUCAAAUGCAAUUUUUUAAAUAUUCUCAUUUUUAUUAUGUAUCUAGUCGCUCAGUUUUUUUGUUUAAGCGUAGUGAUUUUGAUAUGAACGUACCGUAGAUUUAAAUGUAAUUUAAAACAUUUAGAGGGUAGCUAUAAACUUGCUUGAUUUCUUUUUUCUGAACUCUUGUGUUUUACCAAUCAUCAUACCAUUGUAAAGUAAUAAUGAAUAAUGUUGAUAAUUUCAAUAAUAAUAACAUUUGUGGCAGGGAAAGGCCCAGAAUUCAAAUGGCAAAAAAGUAUAUAUUGUCUGUUACAAGAAACGUAUUCUCAGGAAAAUAGGCAAAAUUGUGUAAUAAGACUUUGUAUUAUGAGAUGCAAUUAGCACAGUUUUUACAGGUGUACUUUGAGACUACAAAGCUUUGAUUUUGUUUUUGUGUUGUAUUUUUUUUAACUCGUCAGAACAACAAAUUACAAUACAUGAUCAUGUUUGGUUUCUACUGCAUGUAGCUUUGUUGAGAUUAUGGUACUGUUGUGUCAAUGUGAAGACAUCCACAUUUCUUUUGAGAGCCACAUGUGUACACGAGGUAGUAUAAAUUGUUGUGGAGUUCAGCCCACGGUGCGCACACAUCAUAUUCUGAAGUGAAGAGGAUGUUUGAACGUAACUGUGUUGAAUUGUAAGCAUAAAGUUAUCAGUGAUACAAA